AUGGAGAGAAGCAACCGUUCUAGGAAGAGCAGACGCCAGGAAGUGUCGGAGGAUAUACUUGAGAGGGAGUUGAAGCAGUACGUGAACUCCUCUGAGCGUAUGCAUGAGAGUGACGCGGUUGAGAGGUCACCAAAGAGACGGAAGGGGUCGCACCGGGAGGUGGAUAUCGAGACCACUGUGCACACCACAGUGCACUACGAUGAGAAGGAGGAGGUGAAUGGCUCUGACUUGAACGAUGACGAGCAGCGUAGGGCCAUUGAAGGUGCUGCUAGUGAGGAUGAAACGCAUGCUGUCGAGGGUGAGCAUGAGGAUGAAGAUGAGCGCGAAAACCACGUGAACGACCACGAUGACAACAGAGACCCUAAUGUGGACGAUGAGUUGCAUCGCGCUGAUGCUGACCAUCAGGAACACGACGAGGAAGACCGUGAUGAGGACCAGCACCAGCACCAGCACCAAGAACAGGAGCAGGAGCAGGAGCAGGGCCACGAACCUGAACACGAACAAGAACAAGAAGCUGAACACGAACAAGAACCAGAGCAAGAACAAGGACAAGAACCUGAAGAGGAACACGGCCAUGAACACGACCAUGAGGAGAAUAUGGAAUCUAUCCGUGAAAUUGCCAAUGACAGUGGUGACGCUGCUGCUGCCGUGUCAACCAUUAGAAUCCACUACCAGGACUUGUCCGGUAACUCUAGAGGUGACACUACCAUUAAUGUUGGCCCUGAAAACCCUGAGCUUUAUGCCAGUCUGAGCUCGAGGUCUGACGUGAAGACCGAGAACAAGAAGAAGAGAGGCAAGCAAACGAAGGGCGAUGAGUCCAUCCAGGACUGGAGAAAGAUCCGUAAGGAAUCUCACAAGGAAGUUGAAAGGAGACGUCGUGAAACUAUUAACUUGGCCAUUGAUAACUUGAGAAAACUUCUUCCAAAGCCAGAGUACAGCAAGGCUGGUAUUCUGAACAGUGCAGCAGCUUUGAUCCAGAAGUUGAAGGAAUCUGAGAGUAGUCAAAUGAACAAAUGGGCUAUUCAAAGAAUUGUGACCGAGCAAACAAAGACUGCUCACCAAAAGUCAAACGAGAAACUUGCGGCUGCUCUCGAUGACGCUUACCAAGAAUUGACCAGGCUGAAGAGCAUUUUGAAGGAAAACAACAUCAAAUAUGAAGAUAAAUUUGUGAUACCUGAAGAUACUUUGAGGGAAGCCAAAGAACUGGAAUCUGAAUUGAACAGAGCCCAAGAGGAAAUUGAUCAAAUAGAUCCCAGAGCAAGCGCUGAACCAGAAGAAGAAGAAGAAGAAAGAGACGAAGAAGCUGGCGAAGAUGAGUCUAAGGAAUAG